AUGUACAUUCCAUUUCUAAGCUCCACACUUUCCGAGCCACGGCCCGGCUCGUACGCAACCGGGUAUGUUGUCGUACGUAUCCCCAUCCCUACUGCCGCCCAAUACGCCGAUACGCCCAAACUCAAUGACGGCACUCCAGCACUCAACCUCACCGAGAACGUCCUAGCCAUCUACUACCCCACCCCCUAUGCUGCAGGCCACGCCCAAGGCAUUUCAUGGACACCUGAACCCAUCGCGGGCGCAUUAGCGGGUUAUUUGGCCUAUGGGCGCAAGAACCUCGGUUCGUGGGGUACGUGGGUCGCUGAGAAGGUCCUCGGACGCAUCCGCAUGCCUGUGCACCCCGCCGGUCCAGUCGCAGAGGGCAAAUUCCCCCUCGUCAUCUUCUCACACGGCCUCGUCGGUACGCGCAACACGUACUCCCACUUCUGCUCCUCGCUUGCUAGCGAGGGAUACGUCGUCGUCGCAGUGGAACAUUCCGAUGGGUCCAACCCUUGCGUUGUGCGCCAAGGCAAGGAGAAGGUGUUCACAAAGUUGGGAGAAACUGACCUGUGGGACAAUGACGGUUCCGACCCAGUCAAGGCUCCCGAGAUGAUGCUCUGGCGCGCGCACCAACUCGACUUUCGUGUCCGCGAAGUCUACGCCGCCUACGACGGAUUCAAGCGCUUUCUCUCCGGCGAGGGAGACGACAUAUCCACAGCCUCUGAUCUCCGUGAAAAGGUAGACGUCGAGGAUCUGCAACUCACUGGCCACUCGUUCGGCGGCGCGACCAUCCUCCGCCUCCUCCAAACCUCCCACCCCUCCCCACUGCCCGUGAAGAGAGCCGUUCUCCUCGACCCCUGGAUGGAACCAUUCACGCGCGCCCUUCCGUCCUCUCCCUCCACUGUUCCUCCUCCACCGACUCUGUCAAUCCUCAGCGGCGAGUGGGCGAACAACCACUUCUGGCCCGACGAGCUCAAGGGCGCCCGCUCCAUCAACGCCAGCCUGUGUUCCAUUGUCGGACUGGGUCACCAAGGCUUCAGCGACUUUGGUGCCAUGAUGCCUGGCAAGGGAUUGGAGUAUCUCCAGACGAUCCACACUCUCACGAUGGCACAGCUUGGCGAUCAGCCGUUCCCGUUCGACGGCAAGCCCGAUGGCGGCGAGCCAGCUCGUGUGGAUGAAAAGCUGGCUGGAGAGCCCGGUGAGGUUGUGCGUCACUUUUAA